AUAUAAGCGCCGCAAUUUACUCACAUCUUCAGUUGCUUAGAGCAUUCAAUACGCUUAUUAAUAACAAAAUGUUUAAGUUAAUAGUUAUCUGUACGUGCAUUGUAGGAUCCAUUGCAGCACCACCACCGUCCCAAACCCAGACGGCGGAAAUAGUUCAGCAAGAAAGUGAUUUGGAUGUUGGUGGAAAAUAUCAUUACAAAUUCGCCACUUCAGAUGGAACUAAGGCAGAGCAGCACGGGGAACUGAAGCAGAUUGGAAAUGAGGCUGGAGCCACCGCCACUGGUUUCUACGAGUAUACUGAUAAUAAUGGAACCGUCUUCAAGGUUACGUAUACUGCUGACGAAAAUGGCUUUGUGGCAUCCGGUGACCACAUUCCCGGAAUUCCGGAAGUGAUCGCAAGAAGUCUCAAGUGGGCCGCUGAACAUCCCUACAAAGAACCCGAACAGAAGAAGCAUUAGGAUCCUUACUUGACCGAAUUUAUAAUUUUCCCCACCAAACUUGUUGCAACUCUUGUCAGUUGAUAGAUUGAUGUUACAAUAAAAUCUACAGCUCACUAUG